GUCAAGCAAGCCUGCAGAACUCCUCCGUUGUAGAGGCGUGGGAGCAGGAGCACGUCACCAGCCAAGAGCUGAUGUACAAUUUCGGUCCUAUGCCUGACAUGGUUAAGACCUCGAUCCUCGGCGAGCGGUGGGACCUUGCGUGUCCCCCAUCGACGUCGAGCAACAUGUAUCGGACGGGCAUGUCGGUCCUGCUGGAAGAGGUGGAGGACUUCAACGGGGCUUCCGUCUCUUACGCCGUGAGGUGCCCCGAGAACCUCCGCAGCCAGGAGAGGCAGGAGUACUACCCGAGGCUCAACGUGCUCAAGGACGAGUUCCAGGAGUCGCACUUUGUGUUCUUCUUCGACCUGCGGCCGUACGUCUUCUGGGACGCCUUCUUCUCCCUGAUGAUCACCGUCUUCGUGAUCCUGGCCCUCCUGCUGGCCGCCAUGCUCUUCACGAACGACGCGAACCACCUGGUGCUGAAUCCCGUGGAGAGCAUGAUCUCCAAGGUGGAGGCGAUCCGCCACGAUCCGAUGAUGGCCAGGCGGAUGGCGGACAAGGAGUUCAACCUGGAAGAGAAGGCAAAGGCGAGAAAAACGUACAGGCAGGUUCGUACGCGGGCGAGCCGUGUGGCACCGCUGUACGCCCUCUACUACGACAAGCUUGGUUGCUGGCCCAAGGUCAACGCCAGCGAGCUGAUGGAGACGGUCGUCCUCGAGAAGACCAUCAUCAAGCUGGGGACCCUGCUGGCGCUCGGCUUCGGAGAAGCCGGGGCGGCCAUCAUUGAGCACAACAUGCACGGAAUUGACAGCGCCAGCGUGAACGCGAUGGUGGAGGGCACGAAGGUGCAGUGUGUCAUUGGGGUCGCGCGCAUCCGCGAUUUCAGCACGGUGACCGAGGUGCUACAGGCCAAGGUCAUGACCUUCGUGAAUCAGAUCGCCGAGAUAGUGCACGGUGUUGUCGAUGAGUUUCAUGGGGCCGCGAACCGGAACAACGGCGACGUGUUUCUCAUGAUCUGGAGGACGUCCGACCUCGACGAGAGUUGUGUGUGCAAGAUGGCCGACAUGUCCGUGCUGGCGUUCACCAAAAUCCUCGGCUCCGUCCAUCGCUCGCACGUCCUGGCGACCUACCGCAGCCACCCCGGCCUGCAGCAGAGGCUGCCGGGGAAGAGCUGCCGCGUGAACCUCAGCUGCGGGCUGCACUUCGGCUGGGCCAUCGAGGGCGCGGUCGGCAGCGAGUUUAAGAUCGACGCCUCGUAUCUGUCGCCCAACGUCAGCAUCGCGGAGAGCGUCGAGCGGGCCACGCAGAUCUACGGCG